AUGACCCCCUUGUGCAAUUCGCCCUUGUGGGAUUGGGACUAUACGUGGAACUCCGAAUACCCAAGGCUGACAUCAUGCUUCGAGAAUACCGUCCUUGCCUACACGCCGGCGACUUUCCUGGUGCCAUUCGGUCUUGCCCCGCUGCUUGUAGGACGACGAAAAAAGAAGCAAUCCCACUAUCGUGAACUUUGCCUCUGGACUCCGUUAAGCUUAUCCAGAUUUAUUGCAAGUAUACUGUUGACUUUGACAUACACAUUCUCCUUCAUGUUCAAACUCGUCGCUGGAGCAUCAUCGGUGGCGUCUGUGACGGCAGACCUUGUACAUAUCAUCACUUUCGCGGUAGCGCUAGAAGUUCAGGAGAACAAUCGAAAGAACGGAAUUGGAUCUUCGAUGUUGUUGUUUUUCUUUUGGUUGACGACCGCAAUCUGCGGGCUGCCCGAGUUCUUCCGCCACUUGCGGGAAAUCUUCGGGACAGACAGUGACUUGCCUGACCUCUCAAAGCUUAAAAUCACCGCGUUCGCAACAUCUUACUCUCUGGUUUUCUUGCAGCUGCUGCUCUCCUGUUGGACGAACGUCAGAACAGACGCGAAAAGACCCUACAUUACCGCUCCACCUUUGUCGUUUCUCCUUCUUAAAUGGUUCUCACCACUCGUACUGAAGAAAUCCCAACGUGUUCGACUUGAUGAUCUGUACAGCAUACCACCAGAAAUGAUGACUUUCCGAAGCUAUAGUAAGUGGUUUACGUUCUGGAGGAGAGAACUGAGUUCAUCUGGAUACGUACCGGAAGAUGGAUCAUGUGUUAUAUCUCGACCACCGCCUUCACUGUUUAAGUCGUUGUGGAGAGCGUAUUGGAAACCUUUAGUGAUUUCGUGCAUCCUUGCCGCACUACUUGCUGUACUGAAAGCCGCCCCUGCUCCUCUAUUGCAUCUUCUAAUGAACUACAUGAUCGGGAACGAUCCCAUCUGGAAAGGCACCUUGUACGUCAUCACAAUGGUGAGCGCCAACUUUGGGUCGGCCCUGCUUGCUACCCACAUUGAGAGGACACUCAGUCUUACGGGCCUAAAUGUAAAGGCUGUCUUGAUGGCAGCCAUUUAUAGAAAGACACUUAGGCUUUCUAGUGAGUCGCAGAGGAAAUACACAAUAGGAGAACUGGUCAACUUGAUAUCCGUUGAUGCCGAUCGGAUCUUCGAACUCAGUACCACUUUUGGUACUGUGAUCAGUGGAGUGCCCCUGAUCAUCAUCACGUUAGUUCUACUUUGGCGGUACCUUGGAUUGGCUUGCCUCGCUGGCAUCGCUGGCAUGCUCGUUAUAACGUCAGUAAUGGCCCUAACGGUACGCGUUAAAAACAAGUACCAGAUAGAUCAAAUGAAGCUGAAAGACAAGCGGCUCAAUACAGUAGCAGAGAUGUUGAGCAGCGUCAAAGUUCUCAAACUGUUCGGUUGGGAAAACAUUUUUAUGGCCAAGUGUAGCUCCUUGCGAUUAGAUGAGAUGCUUCUGCUAAAAAAAUUCUCCUACCUGACUGCUCUCAGUCGCUUUAUUCUGUCAUGUUCAUCACCCGUGGUCACCUUGGCGAGCUUCGUGACCAACGUGUUGAUCGGCGGCGGUCCCAUUCUUGACGCAAGCACUGCGUUUGUGUCGUUGACGUUAUUUGAAUAUUUGCAGCAGCCAAUGCUUGUGUUUCCAGACUUUGUUUCGAAAGCGGUACAAAUGAGCGUCUCAAUGACAAGGAUUCGAGAGUUUUUACUAUCCCCUGAGGUAGACGACUAUUCAGUCGGUCGACGAGUGGAUGAAGGUGAUGCAGUAUCAGUAAUGAAUGCAACGAUUUCCUGGUCCAUGGAUGGAAUCCCGGCGUUGAGAAACAUUAACCUCGUUGUCAAAACCGGAAAAUUGAUCGCAAUCGUUGGACCCGUAGCCUCCGGCAAGUCGUCUUUGCUUUCUGCGCUGUUAGGAAAUCUCAGAGUUUGCUCAGGAUCUGUGGAUUGCGUAAAAGGUGUAGCGUAUGCUCCUCAGUGUCCGUGGAUCCAGAACAAGACAAUACGAGAAAAUGUUAUCUUCACGAGUAAGUAUGACUCCGAACUGUACAAGACGGUACUGGAGGCGUGUUGCCUCAAAAGAGAUUUAGAGGUCCUUCCAGAUGGAGACCUGACUGAAAUCGGCGAGAAAGGGGUUACCUUAAGUGGUGGUCAGAAACAGAGAGUCAGUUUAGCAAGAGCAGCUUACCAGAAGAAAGACCUUUACCUGUUUGACGACCCGCUGAGUGGAGUGGAUGCUCACAUUGGCGCUUGCAUAUUCGGGAACCUCAUUGGCCCACGAGGAAUGCUGAGAAGAACCACUAGAAUCUUGGUCACCCAUAACCUUGCAGUGCUUAAUGAAGUCGAUUAUAUUUUCGUUAUGCAGAAAGGAUUAGUUGUUGAGUCGGGAACUUAUGAAGAACUCAAGAACAAAGGAACUGCCCUCUCGAGAUUGCUAAAGAACGUUUCUAAGAGAGUUCAAGAAUUUAAUGGAAAUGAGGACUCCCCGACAAAUUCAGUGAGCAAAUGUGAACACGAGGAAAUGAAGCCAAAGGCUAGGCUUGUGGAGAGGGAAACAAUAAAUGAGGGUUCAGUAAGUCUUCGGGUAUGUGAAACUUACAUGAAACACGCUGGAUUUUUACUUAUAUUUGUUAUUUUGUGUUACGGUGUUUGCACAAUACUUGAUGUGUUCGCAAGCAUCUGGCUGAAAGAAUGGACUAGUUAUUCACUAUUUCUUGAUGGAAAUCAGGACCUAUCUAGGCCUACUUACAGAAUACAGGUUUACAUCCUCCUCCUUACUCUCAAGGCGGUUGUCAAGUUUCUCGCAGUCGUAAUGUUGUGGAAGGUAGCUCUCUCCUCGUCCACGUCGCUUCACCAAUCGAUGCUCAACGGUGUGAUGAGAGCGCCUUUGUCAUUUUUUGACGUCACCCCCUCUGGACACUUAUUGAACCGCUUCGGCAAGGACAUCGACCAGCUUGAUGUUCAGCUUCCAUGGUCAGCACAUUUCGCGCUUGAGUUAUUGUUUCUUUUUGUAUCAUCGAUUUUUCUAAUUUGCGCAAACAUUUCCAUGUGCCUUUUGAUCGUCGUUCUUUAUGCGGUGUGUUUUCUGGUUCUGCGUUCCAGAUUUGUGGUCCAAUCUCGUCAAAUGAGGAGGCUGGAGACCGUCACCCGUUCUCCAGUUAAUAAUCACUUUUCGGAAACGAUAGAUGGCUUGAGCAGCGUCAGGAGCUACGGCGUUCAGGACAUUUUCGAGCGAGAUAAUGACAAGAAAACCGACAUCACGCAGGCCUGUACUAUGAACGUCAAACACUGUAAAUACUGGAUAGACGUCUGGACGGCGGUGAUGAAAGAACUGGCCCUGUUUCUUAUGCUGUUGCUUCUUGUUAUUAGCCGCGAUAUGGUCGGCACGGGAAUAGCAGGUCUUCUGGUGCCUUACAUCAUGAGUGCUCUCUCUUCGUUCACCUACUUUGUUUUUUUCUUACACCAACUAGAAGCUAAUUUGGUAUCGGCCGAACGAGUAGACGAGUACAGUCGUUUGACCCCCGAAGGGCCAUGGACAUCGAACUUUAUUACAAACCCACACUGGCCACAGUCAGGUGCAGUGUCUUUCAAGUCUUACUCGACUCGGUACCGGGACGGCUUGGGCCUGGUCCUCAAAAAUAUCAACCUCGAUGUGCGCCCUGGUGAGAAAUUAGGGAUUUUAGGACGAACGGGUGCCGGCAAAUCAACCAUGACCUUAAGUCUUUUCCGCAUAAUCGAAGCAGCGGCUGGCAAGAUUGUAAUAGAUGAUGUUGACAUUGCCGUUUUAGGGUUACACGAGCUUCGUUCCAGCAUAGCCGUCAUACCACAGGACCCGGUUCUAUUCCACGGUACCAUACGGUUCAACCUUGAUCCUGUCGGACAGCACGAUACUGCAGAACUCUGGACGGCACUGGUCAGAUCACAACUCGGAGGUGUCUUCAGGAAAAAUGGUGGGCUAGACUUUGUAGUCGCGAAAGGCGGACUCAACCUCAGCGUGGGUCAGAGGCAGCUGAUUUGCCUUGCGAGGGCUCUGUUGAGAAAGACGAAGAUACUUGUCCUUGACGAAGCCACUGCGUCAGUGGACGUUGAGACAGACUUGCUCGUUCAGCAGACGUUGAGAGAUAUGAUGAGUGGGUGUACUGUCUUGACAAUAGCUCAUCGUAUUCACACUGUUAUGACGUCGGACCGUGUUGUGGUGAUGGAUGAAGGGAGGAUUGUAGAAGUCGGUAGCCCCACUAAGCUCUUAGCUGAUACGAAGUCGUCCUUCUACUCCAUGGCUCGUGAAGCGGGAGUUGUUUGCCACAGAGUUGAGAAGUCCGGGCAGUCUGCGCUCAAAGCGUCUAGUGUCCCUGUUGGACUAGCUAGGGCACUUGUCAAAUAG